AUGGUUCAUUGUAAUGCAAUAAUAAAACACAGAUCAACUAUUUCCCAUUUUAUCGGACCGGUAAUCAAAGACGCGGUGGUUCAAUUGGGUGGAUCGGAGCCAGAAGCUAUGGCAAUGGCGGUGAAAAUAAUCGAAGAGAAUGGAUGUACAAGAGUACAGCGUGGUUGCUUUGGCGCAACGUUGAUGAAGACACCGGAAAAGCUUGCUCAAAUUCUCUAUGCGAUCCAAGAGAAAGGUGUACACAUUCCUGUUACAAUCAAAUGCAGAACUGGUGUUGAUGAAGUAGAUUCGUAUGAAGAUUUGUCUAGAUUUAUUUCCGUUUUGUCGAAGACAGAUAUAGUUAGACAUAUUAUAAUACACGCGAGAAAAUGUUGGAUUAACGGUAUUUCUCCAAAGAAGAAUCGGCAAAUUCCUCCGUUGGAUUAUUCGCGAGUUCGUCGGAUAGCAGAGGAAUUUCCUCACAUAAAUUUCUCCAUCAACGGAGGAAUCGAUAGCAUUGAAAGUAUUAACGAGCAUUUGAAUAAUGUAGACGGAGUUAUGAUAGGAAGAAAGGUCAUAAAAGAUCCGUUGUUUCUUUCCGAUAUUGAGCAAGAGUUGUAUGGCACACAACCUAAACCGUUCUCAACAGUCAUAAGUGAAUAUCUCGCAUAUGCAACUGAACAAUCCAACCUAUCACUGCCAUUUAAACCAUCUCUCAAUAUUCUCCUUAAACCCAUAUACAAUCUCAUAAAAGGAACAAAGGGAAAAAGAUAUAGAACACUUUUGCAAGAAAAGUGCAGGAAAUGUCGUAGUAAGGAAAGGACUUUCAAUGGAGAACUGUUUAACAAUAUCGUGGCGGAGAGUUUGACAGAAAUAUUAGGCAGCGACUGGACAAUGCGGAGAUGA